GUGGACAAGAUGGCCAGCCUCUACAACAUACACGUCCGCACAGGUUGCUUCUGUAACACAGGAGCCUGCCAGAUGUAUUUGGGUAUAAGCAAUGAAGACAUCCAAAGGAACCUGCAGGCUGGCCAUGUCUGUGGAGAUGAUAUAGACCUAGUUGAUGGACGUCCCACUGGUUCUGUGAGAAUAUCCUUUGGCUACAUGUCUUCUUUUGAAGAUGCACAGACUUUUUUGAAAUUCAUCAUAGCCACCAGACUCUCCAAAUCAAACACUGCGAUUCCCUUCCAGUCCUCUGUUUCAAACCUGACGACAGAGCCUGUCCCAGAUGACCACCCUUCCUUUAACAAUGGAGAUAAAUUGUCUCCAAUACCGCACAUCUCAGACAGAGAACUUGGGAAUAAUUCGUUUGCAACAAAGGCAACUGUCAACUGGCAGCCACUGGAGGCUGAGGCGGAAAGCAUAAGGGCUGCUGUUUCUGAGACUCCAGUACCAACAUGCAGAAGAGGUGGCAAGCCCAUCACUGUCACCAACAUUUACCUCUACCCAAUCAAAUCCUGCUCUGCAUUUGAGGUAACAGAAUGGCCAGUGGGAAACCAGGGUUUGUUGUAUGACCGAAACUGGAUGGUUGUAAACCAGAAUGGAGUCUGCAUGACUCAGAAGCAGGAGCCAAGGUUGUGUCUUGUAAAUCCCUCAAUUGAUCUGAAGCAAAAAAUUAUGGUCAUUCAGGCAGAAGGCAUGCACCCAAUAUCUGUAUCACUAGAAGAAAAUACUGGAAAAGAGGCUGUGAUCUGUGAGAGUAAAGUCUGUUCACACAGGGUAAAAACAUAUGACUGUGGAGAAAGAAUUGCCGGCUGGUUCUCUAUGUUUCUUGGUCGUCCGUGUCGCUUGAUAAGACAAAGUUCAGACAUGAAAAACAAGUCUCAUCAGAAAAAUACGAAAGGUCUGGCAUCUGCUACAAACAUCUCACUCUCUUUUGUGAAUGAAGCACAAUACCUCCUGAUAAAUGUAGCAAGCAUACUGCAGCUGAAAGAAUAUAUUUCUGCAAGGUUGGAAGAGCCAUUGGAAUUGGAGGAAUUGAUCCAACGUUUCCGUGCCAACAUUGUCAUCAGUGCACCAGAGUCCUUUGAAGAAGAGGAGUGGGCUGAGAUUUCAAUAGGUGCUCUGCGAUUCCAGGUUGUGGGUCCAUGUAGCAGAUGUCAAAUAAUCUGCAUUGAUCAACAGUCUGCGGAACGAAACAAAGAAUUUCUGCAGUCUCUGUCUGCUGCCAGAGGUAGAAAGACAAACUUUGGCAUAUACCUGAUGAACCAGCCCUUGCACUCAUCCUUUCCAGAUAUGUUGUCGGUUGGGUCUCAAGUACUUCCAGUGCUGAAGGAGAAUACAGAAAUUCAGUCCCCAACAUCCAGUGAAGAAAAAUGUUCAGGAUAG